AAGGAAAACUUUCCAAUUCAGCCUGUGUGCUUUAUUACUUUUGUACUCAGAGGAAUAUCUCGUCAUAUAUGUUUUAGAAACAGUUAUUUUGAUCAUAAUGGCUACUUACGAGGUUCCAAGUGAUAAACAAAUAGCAGAAUUGUUUAUCAUGGCUUUCGUCUUAGGUUUAGCUGCAAUGAUUUCAUAUUUUUUCACAGACCAGGAGGCAGAAGAGGAGAAAAGAGAGCAGUUGUGGCUCUCCCAGAAACAGGCUUUCUACUGGUUUCUGGAUGCUGUUGCAGGAAGUUUGGCCAAUGGCCUGAACGCGCCCUUACAGUAUGUAACAGACUUCCUGCAUGCUACUGGAAUCAAAGUUGACCUUCCUGUAAACCCAGUGACACCAGAUGGGGUCUUCUUUGUCGUCCAGUGGGUUCUUCUGCUUCUCAUAUGCUACGCGGUGAUCGCCCUUGCCUUUGUAAUGUUCACCUUCUUUCUGAGAAAACUGUGGUGGCUGCUGAAAGUGGCAUUGGCUUUGGCCUGUUUCGGAAUAAUCCUCAACGACCACAGUAUCGACACAAAAACCAUGGUGUUUAGGGUUAUGUGCCUGGGGUGUAUCUGCAUCCUAUUUGCCAUCAGGUCAUGGAGGGAUUGGACCAUGGCUGCUAGAAUUAUAUAUCUUGAAGGGCAGGUGAAGAUCUUAGAAAAUCAAGUCAAAGAGACAGACCUAUGGAGAAGAAGAUGUUUGAUUUUGGGUUGUUGUCUGAUAGGUCUUUUGUGUUUUAUGUUUUCUAUGGUCAGAUUAAUUUAUGUUGUGUUAUCUAAUUGAAGAUAUUCUACAAAACAACUGAAAAUUUGAGGGGGGAGUCUCGCUCUUUUCAAACCCCUUACGUUAUUUCUGGGCAGCAAAACACCAUAACACAGCAUGUAGGUUCAAUGAACCGCAGGAUACUGGGUACCAUCUUGAAGCUGAGUCAGCAUGCCUCCAGGCUUUAGUAUGUAGCCUUGAUGUUUGUAGCCAAAAUUCAUACAAAAUAUUAAAUGAAUUUUAAGAAAAGUUGUCUUUCAUACUUUUAGUAACCUACUGUGAUUUAAUACAUAUUUGGUCUGUGUGAAACUUUCUAGGUUGAGUUUCUUUAGCAGUAUGUGUUGAUGCUGUUAUAAUUGUUUUAUUUUGUAACUUUCAAUUACCUUGUUGUUGAAAUGUGCUAUAAAUGACCUGCCUUCCAUUGCUCUGU